AUGUUAUUAGCAACAACAGUAAUGCUGCUCGUAUUUCGUUCACCAUCGGCUACAAUAUCUGUUAUGUGGUUAAUUAGUGCAAAAAGGUUUAUUAAGGAAAAACCUCCAUUUCGUUUACGAAAAUUUCAUUCGAUUGCAAAUCUUUGUGCAACAUUUAAUGCAGCAACAACAUUUAUUUUGUUUAUUGUUUAUGGCACAAAAUUUCGUUCAGAAUUCACACGUAUUUAUUGUUUAGUUUUCACUAAAGUUAAAAAAGCAGAACAAACAAGUGUAAUAAAACAAGAACAACAACAACAACAAACGCAGCAAUUAGUAUCAAAUAAUAAUAAUGAAAAUGAAAAUCACAUAAAUGAUAUUAAGAAUAAAAUUGAUUUAGAAUUAACAAACAAAUCAAAUUGUAAUGCUUAUAAAAAAAUAUCAAAAAAUAAUAGUAGUGCUAUAACAUUAACAACAACAACAUCGGCUGCAUCACUUUUGCCUAUGAGACAUUUAAAAAAUCAAUCAAAAAUACAACGAUCUUCAUUUGAACAAGAAUAUGAUUUAAUAAUAAAUAAUAAUAAUAAUAAUAAUAAUAAUAAUAAUAAUAAUAAUAAUAAUAAUGAUCAUACCAGUCCUCGACAACAUGAAAUAACAAUUCCAGAAGAUGAAUUUAGUUGUGAUCAUAAUGAUACUAAAUCCAUACCGUUGACUGAAUCCUAUUUUGAUUGGUUUAAAAAUUUUAUUGAAUGUCAUCAAUAA